UUACACAACCUCCUGAUGGGCAAAUAUGUAAAUUCAAACUCUCGAUUCGGUAUCCCGCGUCACCAGCAAGCACACAGGAGUAGAACUUCAGUCACCUUUGCUUUUUAUUCAAAUUUGGAAUAGUUGAAGAAGAAGAAGAGGAAGAGAAAAUGAGAGGAAACGAUCCGAAUCCGUUUGAUGAAGAGGAGCCUGAAGUCAAUCCUUUUUCAAAAGGUGGCUCCGCUCCUGCUUCGAAGUCACGCUUCCCUCAAAUGAUUGCUAGUACUCUUGGUUUUGGCCAAAAACAUGAUGCAACUGAUGACGUCCCAUUGGAUUCAAUGAAUGGCUCCAACAAGAAGCAAAAAGAAUUAGCAACCUGGGAAGCAGAUCUGCAAAGGAGAGAAAGAGAUAUUAAACGAAGAGAAGAUGCUGUUGCUGGUGCUGGUGUGCCAACUGAUGAUAGGAAUUGGCCGCCCUUCUUUCCAAUUAUUCAUCAUGAUAUAGCAAAUGAAAUACCAGCUCAUUCUCAGCGGCUGCAGUAUUUGGCUUUUGCAAGCUGGUUAGGCAUUGUUUUUUGUCUGGCGUUCAAUGUUCUUGCCGUGACUAUCUGUUGGAUUAAGGGUGGCGGUGUUAAAAUCUUUUUCCUGGCUGUAAUAUAUGCUUUAAUGGGAUGUCCCCUUUCGUACAUUUUGUGGUACAGGCCUCUGUAUAACGCAAUGAGGACCGACAGUGCAUUGAAGUUUGGAUGGUUUUUCAUGUUCUACUUGUUCCACAUUGGAUUUUGCAUACUUGCUGCUAUUGCUCCUCCCAUUGUAUUUCAAGGAUUAUCCUUAACGGGUAUCCUUGCAGCAAUUGAUGUCUUCUCUGACCAUGUGCUGGUUGGGAUAUUUUAUUUGAUUGGAUUUGGUUUCUUCUGCUUGGAAGUUUUGCUUAGCUUGUGGGUGCUGCAGAAAGUGUACAUGUAUUUCCGAGGGCACAAGUGAUGCACCUGUUUGGACGUAGCAACAAAACAAUUCUUUUCCAGAGUAAUGACUUGCGUGAUAUAGUUGCAUGUUUUCUAGGUUUCAAAACAUAUUCGUUUCAUUGUCAUUUUUGUAUGUAAUCACAGUUUGACCUUUGAUCAUUAGACUACUACAUUACUAUAGUGCCUUCACUGGGAUUCGUUUUUGAGUGAUGGUGUCCACUAAUAGUCAUGUCCAA